AUGUUUACUAAUAUAAAAGAUCGACUUAACCACAUAAAAGAAAAACAACAUAAUGGUGUUGGUAAUGAAGAUGAACCAAGUAAAGAAUCUGUAUCUUCAGGUAGUAAUGAUAGUAGUAGCAAUUCAGUCGGUGGACUUUUUCGUCGUCCCAUACAACCUAUUAGACCACCAAAUUCUUCCUCUUCAAUAAAGAGUGAAGAUAGUGGCAGUAAAGUGGACAUUACUUUAUUCGAGAACGAAGACGAAGAAUUAAUAAUUGAUUAUAAAGAAAAGGAUGACAUUGAAGGCCUUCCAGAAGAAAUAAAAGAAAAGUUAGCUAAGUUAAAGAAAUACGAAAUCAAAUUUCCAGAAAUUGUAAAAUCAUAUAAGAAACUGCUUACUGAAAAAAAAACAGUCGAAGCUGUAUUAAAGGAAAAUACACAUUUAGAAGGACUUUCUGACGUGGAAGCGUUUGAAGCGCACUUAAAAAAUUUAAAUAUAAAGAAUGGAAUGUCAAUGGAAGAAAUUAAAAGAUUAACUCAGAUCCAAGACGAAUCAAAAAAACAGAUUGAGAAAAUGAAGGAAACUCAUAAUAUUGAAUCCAAAUCACAAUCAGACUUGAUAGAUAACUUACAGAGAAAGUUGCAAGAACAAGAAAAGAAAGUUGAAGAUUUACGUAAGCAAUUAUCCGAAAACCCUUCAUCGCCGACUACAUUGCAAGAAAUUGGUAGUAAUAAGGAGGAUUCAGCAAAUUUAAAUCAACCUGCUGACCUGGAUGAAGUUGCACUAGAAGCAUCUUCUUUUUUAUCAGUAGAUUCACAAACAUCAUCAAAAUCAAUAAGAUUAGAAUAUGAAACUGAAAUAAUUUCUUUACAAAAACAAUUGGAAGAAAAAGUAGAAGAUUUAGAAUCAUCAAAUCUAGAAUUAAAACAAAAACUUGAAAAAUUUUAUGAUUCCUCAAUUACAGAUGCUGAUGAUAUUAUUAAAAAAUUUGAUUCAUUAAAUCAAAAAAUCCAAAAAUUAGAAUCUGAAAAAUCUUCAUUAAUUGAACGUAACACAAAAUUUUCUAACGAAAUAUCCCAAUUAAAUAAAAACAUUGAAACCUCAACGAAAACACAAUUAGAUAAUGAAAAAAAGUUAAAAAUAGAUUUUGAACAAAAAAUUUCUCAACUUGAAAAUACUUCCUUAGCCGAAAAAUCAAAAUUAGAACAUAUAAUUAAAGGAUUAACCAAUGAAAAUGAAAAUAUUAAAAAAGAAUUGGAAAUAACUUUAAAGGAAACUCAAGAAUUAACAGAACAGCAUCGUGUGGCAUUAGAUACAAAGAUUAAAGAAUUUGAAAAUGAAAGGGAUUUGAUAACAAAACAGUUUGAUAAGAAGUUAGAAGAUGCAAAAUUGGAAAUUGCAAAAGAAAAGGCUCUUCUUGAAGAACAGCUUAAAGCCGUUACUGAAAAAGAAGGGAUCACUGCGCAUCAACAAGGAGAGGUUACACCUGAUAAUGAGGGAUCGAAGACCAAAAGGCGUCAAUUUGAGUUGCAGAUAAAAUCAUUGCAACAAGAAAUUGAACAAUUGAAACAAGGAAAUGAUUCUUCAAAUAAACCUUUUCUUUCAACAGAAAUUCUACCGAUACAAGAUAAAGAGCAAACAAAAAAUAAGAAUGCUGAUGAAAACCAACCAGAUAGAGCACCUAUAAAUACAGAACAUGAUACUAUAACAAAAGAGAAAGAUCAAUUAGUUAUUAAAGUGCACGAGUUGACCGAAGAAUUAAAUGUUAAAAGAAAGCAAAUCGAUGAACAACAAAUAAAGAUUCAGGAAUCAGAGGAAAAAAUAACAAUAUUAAAAGCAAAUGUAAAUGAAAAAGAUGAUCAGUUAAGUACGGUUCGAUCACAGUUGAAUUCAGCAAAGGAAUCUAUCUUGAAACUUGAACAAACAAGAAAUGAAUAUAGUGAUAAAGUCGUUAAAAUUGAAAAGGCGAAAGGUGAUUUACAGAAAAAUUUAGAUUACAUAAGUACAGAGCGAGACAAUUUAUCGAGGGAACGGGAUGAACUUAAAUCAACGUAUACCGUAUUGAGCGAACAACAUGAUACGUUGAAAUCUGAUUCGACUAAUAUGAACAAAAAAUUAGCGGAAUUGGAAAAUCGGAUUAAUGAAUUAACAAAAGAACGUGAUGAACUCGGUUCAGCCAAGGAGAAUCUAAUUAAAGAUUUGGAAAUUGUUCAAAAGAAAGCAAAUGAUUUUCGUGCGACAACGGAUGAUGAGAUGGAAGCGUUGAAAAGUAAAUUAGAAAUAACCGAAAAGAAUUAUGCUUUACUCGAAUCGGAUGUUUCUAGACUUCAUGUAGCUAAAACGGAUGCCCUUGAAAAAUUAUCCGAUGUUGAAUCUAGAUUAAAAUCUUUGACACAACGAGAACGAGAUAUUCAAGAAUCCUUUAAUGAAGCGAAAUCGACGAUUCAAAAACGUGAUAAUGAGCUUGAAAAUUUGAAAAAGCAACAACUAGAAGAAGAAGAUAAACGUAAUAAAUCUCUUGGUUUACUCAAAAAGACCCAACAAAAAAUACUCAUUUUAGAAAAAGAGAAAAAAGAUUUAAGCGAUGAAGUUGAACGUCUUAUAGAUGCUGCUCGAAUUGCAGAACAAAAUUCUAAUUCCAAUAUAAAACAAGAAAUUACGCGUUUUAAUAAGGAGUUAACCACAAAAUCAACACAAAUUACGCAACUUGAAACUCUUAACGAAAAAUUAACGACAGAAAAGGAAAAAUUAUUUGAUCAAUUACAAGUAAAACAAGCAGAAUUUGAAUCUUCACAGUCUUUGCUGGAAAAUUUAAAACAUCGUUCCGCUGAACUUACUCAUCAAUUAAAAGAAAUUGAGGAGAGAUCAUUAACCUUGGAAGAAGAAUUAACGUCAUUAAAACGACUUUAUAAGGAUAAGAGUCGUGAAAAUGAAGCAUUAAGCAUUAAGGUUGAGGAGUUGGAUAAAGGAGCAAUGGAAAAAUUUGAUUCUUUAAGGAAACAAGUCGAAACUUAUAGGCAGGGGAAAGAUAAGGCAGAGUUGGAUUUAAUAGAGGUCAAGCGAACAAUUGAAUCUCAAAUACAAGAUAUGACCAAUCAACUAACUGCAAAAGACCAAGCGGCAAAGCGGCUUGAAACACAAUUAGAGGAAAAGAACAAUUCUAUAAAGUCAAUUCAAGAAGAAAAUCAAUCAUUGAAACAAGGAAUGUUAGAUAUUGAAGCAAAAAUGAGCAAUCUUUCUUCUAAAGUUUCAAAUGCGGACGAAAAAUCUGCAAAUUAUCGUGAAUUAGAACAUUCAAAAGAAAGAAUUAAAGAAGAAUACGAGAAAAUGUUGGAAGAGUCUCGUUUACGUGAAAGUACUUUAAGAACCAUGAAUAAGACUUUGCAAGAAGAAGUCAGAAAACUUCAUAAAAUAGUAGAUCGAAACGCACCAAAUUCACCACAAUCUCCUGGCUAUUCACGAAAUCCUUCAACUUCCACAUCAUCGUUUAAUAAUAGUUUAAUGGAUGAUGAUACGAAAAUACUUUACAUUAGAGAUGUGAUAUUAAAAUUCUUGGAAUAUAAGGAUCGUAGAAAAUCUUUACUUCCAGUUUUAACAACUGUGCUUCAAAUGUCCGAUCAAGAAAAGAGAAAACUUGAAUCAAUGUAUGCUGAAGAAUGUUUAGCUCGUCUAGCUCGUCUAAAGUUAGCAGAAUUAGCAGGAUUGGCAAACCAGAGUCAAUUGAGGGCGCAAAUAUCUCCUUUACCUCCAUUACCUCGAAUCAAAGCUAUUCUUUGUAGCGAUAACACUUUUGUUCAUAAGCCUGAUGAAGAAUUAACAAAAUUCCGCCGAUUAUGGUGGGAAGAGGGCAACAUACACCCGCAAGCCAAAUGGGAAGAGGCCACGCUUCCAUACGUGAUCGCUGAGGGCGAGACUUUGGACGAGUAUGAACAUCGCACCGACGAAUUUAACGUUCGCGGUUUAUGGGAAUGGAAAGAUCAUAAAGUCAUUAUUUAUGAACUGCCAGUAAAACAUCACGAAACUUUUAUUUCUGAAAUCAUUACAGCAAUAUACAUGAAAUGCAGUCCUGUGUAUGGAACUGAUGCCAAAAUCGGAGGUCUUGGCGCAACUCGAACUCGCGCUGACAAUUCCGGCAAAGAAGCUGAUGCAAGUUUUCGUCCUUCAAAAUCACCAGUACAAUCAUCAAACGGGAGCGAUGGAAAGGUAACUUUUUUAUAUUUGUUUGAAAUCUUUAGCACAGGAGUUUCUCUGGAUUGUUUGUAUCAUGAUGCAUCUCCUGGAAUUACAAUUCCUCGACAACUUCUCCCGGAUCCAAUUGUAUUGGAUUUCUUGCUAAUUCGAACUGAAUUCCUCCGUAUGUAUUAA